AUGUUCACCCGGCUUGUUUGCAUCAGUGAUUAUGAACAACAUGCUAAAUCCAUACUUCCAAAGUCUAUAUAUGACUAUUAUAAAUCUGGGGCAAAUGAUCAGGAAACCUUGGCUGAUAAUAUUGCAGCAUUUUCCAGGUGGAAACUUUAUCCACGAAUGCUCCGGAACGUUGCUGAAAUAGACCUGUCGACUUCUGUUUUAGGGCAGAGAGUCAGCAUGCCAAUCUGCGUUGGGGCUACUGCCAUGCAGCGCAUGGCUCACGUGGAUGGGGAGCUUGCAACUGUGCGAGCUUGCAGGUCACUGGGAACGGGCAUGUUGUUGAGCUCCUGGGCCACCUCCUCAAUUGAAGAAGUGGCAGAAGCUGGUCCUGAGGCACUUCGCUGGCUGCAGCUGUACAUCUACAAGGACCGUGAGGUUACCAAGCAGCUGGUGCGGCGGGCUGAGUGGAUGGGCUACAAGGCCAUAUUUGUGACAGUGGACACACCUUACUUGGGCAACCGCUUCGAUGAUGUGCGUAACAGGUUCAAACUGCCACCCCAACUCAGAAUGAAAAAUUUUGAAACCAAUGAUUUAGCAUUUUCUCCCAAGGAAAAUUUUGGAGACAACAGUGGACUUGCUGCAUAUGUGGCUAAAGCAAUAGACCCAUCUAUCAGCUGGGAGGAUAUUAAAUGGCUGAGAAGACUGACAUCCCUGCCCAUUGUUGCAAAAGGCAUUUUGAGAGGUGAUGAUGCCAGGGAGGCAGUUAAACAUGGUUUGGACGGGAUCUUGGUGUCAAAUCAUGGGGGUCGACAGCUCGACGGGGUGCCAGCCACUGUUGACGUUCUGCCAGAAAUUGUGGAGGCUGUGGAAGGGAAAGUGGAAGUCUUCCUGGAUGGGGGUGUACGGAAGGGGACCGACAUUCUGAAAGCUCUGGCCCUGGGAGCCAAGGCUGUGUUUGUGGGGAGACCGAUCAUUUGGGGCCUGGCUUUGCAGGGAGAGAAAGGCGUUCAGGAUGUCCUUGAGAUACUGAAGGAAGAAUUCUGGUUGGCCAUGGCUCUGAGUGGGUGCCAGAAUGUGAAAGUCAUCGACAAGACAUUGGUGAGGAAAAAUCUUUUGGCCGUUUCCAAGAUCUGA